AGCGCGAGCGCGGUGUCGGCACAUGCGCAAUGUCGGCUACUUCACGAGCUGGUCCAUCUACGACCGAAAAUAUCUACCGAGUCAGAUACCAGCCAAUGUCCUGACGCAUGUGCUCUAUGCAUUCGCCAACAUCCGACCAGACUCGGGUCAGGUCUACUUGACCGAUGCAUGGGCAGAUGAGCAGAUCCACCACGACGGUGAGCCAUGGGAUGACUACGGCAGGCCGCUCCUCUACGGUAACUUCAAAGCGCUUCUGAAGCUCAAACAAGAGCAUCGUCAUCUCAAAGUGCUCCUCUCCAUCGGCGGCUGGACCCAUUCGUCCAACUUUGCGCAGGCUGCAGCAACCCAGGCAGGACGCGACACGUUUGCUACUAGCUCGGUCAAGCUGCUCGAAGAGUAUGCGCUAGAUGGGCUAGACGUCGAUUGGGAAUUCCCAAAGAACGAUGGGGAAGCGCAGGACUAUGUCGACUUGCUCCGGACCUGUCGUCUUGCGCUAGAUGCCCAUGCACGUCGCAAGGGCGAAUCCGUACCUUAUGAGCUCACUGUAGCCGCUCCUUGUGGUGCUGCACAGUCGCAACAGCUUCGCAUUCGCCAGAUGGAUCAAUAUCUCUCCUUCUGGAACUUGAUGAGCUAUGACUACUCGGGCCCAUGGGGCGACAAGGCAGAUCACCAGGCCAAUGUCCUUGCGACAUCCACCAACAACGGCAUAUGUACAGAUCGCGCGGUCCAGUACUAUCUCUCGCAAGCCGUCCGACCAGAUAAGCUGGUCAUCGGCAUCCCUCUCUAUGGCCGAAGCUUCCUCAACUGUAAGGGGCCCGGCCAUAGCUACAGCGGUCAAGGCCAAGGAAGCUGGGAGAUCGGCACGUAUGACUACAAAGCUUUGGUGAGGAGAGCUCUGUCCGCGAGCUUUGCCGCCGCUGAGGAUGUAAGACCGGCAGCCAUUGCAAGGUCAGCAAGUGCACCACGAUGAUCGCUGCAUUGCAAGCUAUGCACACGGCAACGGCCACUUCAUCACAUUCGACACGGUUGAUGUUGCGCAUCGCAAGGCAGACUGGAUCAACAAGCGAGGACUCGGCGGCGCUAUGUACUGGGAGCUCAGUGGCGAUCGACCGGCCAACGAUCCUGCAGCCAUCGUGCCCCGUAUCGCAAGCGUCUUGCACCAUCAAGGCGGUGGACUAGACACUAGCCAGAACCACCUUUCGUAUCCUGACUCUCGGUUCGACAAUGUUCGAAACCGAUAAGAGCUGUUGUUGUCACUCCAUCGUAUCGUCCAGCAACUCAUGCGCAAGGGCAUCUUGUGCUUCUUGUGCUCGUCGUUCUUCGAUGGUGAGGAAUCGACCGCCAGGCCCUCGAGCUCUACGCAUGGCAUGCUUGUGUCGAGACUCGUACAUGUACUUUUG